AUGCGCUUCUCCAUUUACCUCUCCGUGUUGGGCCUCCUGGCCGGUGCCAGCAUCGCCCGUCCGACUGUGGCCGACGCAGACGAUGUGGUCAGAAACGGCUGGUCUGAGAAGCGUGCAGACGCAGACGAUGUUGUGCGUAACAGCUGGUCCGAGAAGAGAGCGGAUGCGGACGGAGUCGUGCGCAAUGGUUGGUCUGAGAAGCGAGCAGACGCAGAUGAUCUGAUCAGGAACAGUUGGUCUGAGUGA